AUGGAGGAGAUCACAGAGGGAGUCACCAACAUCAACAUCGCUGGGGAUUCUCAGAAGAAGAACCGAAUCCAGGUCUCCAACACCAAAAAACCCCUUUUUUUCUACGUCAAUCUCUCCAAGAGGUACAUGCAGCAGCACAGCGAGGUGGAGCUCUCUGCCCUUGGAAUGGCAAUUUCCACUGUUGUGAGUGUUGCCGAGAUCUUGAAGAAUAAUGGAUUUGCAGUUGAAAAGAAGAUCACGACAUCCACUGUUGAAAUCAGAGAUGAAUCAAGAGGACGACCUAUCUCAAAAGCCAAAAUUGAGAUAGUCCUGGGAAAGACCGAAAAAUUUGAUGAGUUGAUGGCAGCUGCUGCUGAAGAAAGAGCCGGAGACGGAGACGGAGAAGAGCAGACUUAA